AUGAAUCCGCUUUUACGGCGGACACUCUUUUCAUCUCCAUUGUUUAAAUGUACUCACCAAUAUUGUUUUAUACCGGUAGCCAGCAGUCCGUUAAGAAUAUUUCUGAAGUCUUCGAUUUUAUUGAACACUCGUCAUACUUACACACAUGUAAAUGUGAAAUCGUCAUCGAAACUGUUUGGAAACAGUCGAAAUAUUCUGCGAGUGUUUCUGCGUAAAUGGCAUGGGCGUCAUGGGAAUACGGGAACAAGCGCGGAUAUUGCUGGAACAGCAAAGCCUAUUUCGACACGAUAUAUUCUCAAGGCAAUGUUAGAUUUUAUAUGGCCGAAAACUGGCAAACAAGUGAAAAUUCGUGUUCUCAUUGCAUUAUCACUUCUCUUACUUUCAAAAUUAUUGAAUAUCAGCGUUCCAUUCAUGUUCAAAUAUUUAGUUGAUGAACUGAAUAAAGGCCGAACAUUACACGGAGAUACAACUCAAUCGGCUGUCAUCUCCAUGAUCACUGCACUGCUAAUCGGAUAUGGUGCUGCACGAGCUGGUGCUGCUCUUUUUGGCGAAUUGCGAAAUGCAAUAUUCGCUAAUGUUGCUCAUCGCAGUAUUCGUGAAUUGGCGAAAAAAGUCUUCUCACACAUUCACAAUCUUGACUUGAGCUUCCAUUUGGGUAGACAAACAGGAGCAUUAUCAAAAGCGAUUGAUCGUGGAACGAAAGGCAUCAGUUUUGUUCUCUCGGCAUUGGUAUUCAACAUCGUGCCAACUAUUUUCGAAGUUGGAUUGGUCAGUGGAGUUUUGUGGUAUAAAUUCGGCUUUUCAUACGGAGCAAUUGCUUUCGGCUGCAUUGCUGGGUAUACUGCAUACACUUUGGCUGUAACUCAAUGGAGAACAAAGUUUCGCGUACAGAUGAAUAGAGCGGAUAAUGAAGCAGGCAAUCGAGCGGUAGAUUCAUUGAUUAAUUUCGAGACGGUCAAGUAUUUUAAUAAUGAAGCACAUGAACUUGACCGAUAUGAUAAAACUCUCUCAGAAUAUGAAUCAGCAUCGAUUAAAACUCAAACAAGUUUGGCCAUGUUAAAUUUUGGUCAAAAUGCCAUAUUUAGUUUGGGUAUAACUGCGAUUAUGUUAUUAGCUGCUGGUGGAAUCAACGACGGUACGAUGACGGUUGGUGAUUUAGUUGCAGUUAAUGGUCUUGUUUUUCAACUAUCGAUGCCAUUGAAUUUCUUGGGUUCAGUUUUUCGUGAAGUGAAACAAUCGGUUGUUGAUAUGGAGACUAUGUUUCGUUUAACAAUGGUCGAAGCUAAUGUUAAAGACAAAGAUAAAGCAACAAAAUUAGAUAUCAGCACCAACCAUUCAUCGAUUGUUUUUGAUAAUGUUACUUUUGGUUAUGAAGAGGGACAGAAGAUAUUGGAUAAACUUUCUUUCACUGUUCCAUCGGGACACAAAGUUGCAAUCGUUGGUGGUUCAGGUUCAGGGAAAUCAACGAUUGUGCGUCUUCUCUUUCGAUUCUAUGAUCCUCAAAGCGGUCAAAUUCGUAUCAAUAAUCAAAAUAUUCAAGAAGUAUCUCUUUCAAGCUUACGUAAAGCUAUCGGUGUUGUACCUCAAGAUUCGAUUCUCUUCCAUGAUACAAUUUUUUAUAACAUCAAUUACGGAGAUUUAAAAGCAUCGAAAGAAGAUGUUUACAAAGCUGCUAAACUAGCCGAAGUGCACAAUGCUAUUUUGCGUAUGCCAAAGAAAUAUGAUACUCUCGUUGGUGAACGCGGGUUAAAACUAUCCGGUGGGGAAAAACAACGUAUCAGCAUUGCACGUGCUCUUCUUAAGGAUCCCAUCAUUCUUGUUUAUGACGAAGCAACCGCUCAUUUAGAUACAGCUACUGAACAAGCUAUUCUAAAUUCGCUUCAAAAACUAACAAAAAAUCGAACUUCGAUCGUCAUCGCCCAUCGUCUAAGUACAGUCACUGAUUGUGACAAUAUUAUCAUCUUAGAUCAAGGUAGAGUUGUUGAACAAGGUACACAUGAUGAAUUGGUAAUGAAAGAAAACGGCCGUUAUGCAUCGAUAUGGAAUACUCAGCGAACUCAUCGAAAAAUUCGUGAAGAUAAAAAGGAAGAAGUCAAUGUCGAUGGAAAACAAGUGGAAAAAUACGAGAAGAAAACUAACGAAGAACCCUUACAGAAAUGA